AUGAUGCCAGCAAACCGUAUUACUCCUUCUGAAUAUUAUGAUCAGGAAAAUGGUGGUAAGGUUCCUAUCUUUCGCCCAACCAUGGAACAAUUCAAGGACUUUCGCAAGUUUAUCCUUGAUAUUGAAAGGUAUGGUCGAGAGGCAGGCAUGGUUAAAGUAAUCCCACCCAAAGAAUGGAAGGACGAAUUUGAUGCCUCAAACCAGUCUCUUGAUCAUCUUAAGGUCGAGCAACCUCCAAUCCAAUCUUUCAUAGGAACAAAUGAAAUCUGCAAACAGGAGCUUCUUUCGAAUGAAAAGGACUACACUCUUGGUGAAUGGCUUAGUCUUUGUCAAGAGAAAGAACAUCGCCCGCCUAAUAUUCUCCCGAAUGAAGAUCGAGAGAAAAAUCCCAGCAACCAAUUCCCAAGUACAUUUGGAUCCAAUAUCGUGCCCAAAGGUCAUUACAACACUGAAUACUACAGGGAAAUGGAGAUAAACUAUUGGCAUCGUUUGAAAGACACGACUCCAUACUGUGGAAAGAGUCCUAGCAAAUCUCUAUUCAAUGCACAUGCGAAAGGUUGGAAUCUCAAUGACCUUGAUGGUAUCCUGCGUGAUAAAAAGGUGUCAAUCCCACCGCUCACCGAACCCCAUCUCGCAUUUGGUAUGUGGAAGUCAACUUUUGCCUGGCAUCUUGAACAUUUGAAUUUGUACUCUAUCAAUUACCUUCAUAUUGGAGCCUCCAAGCAGUGGUAUGCCAUUCCUCCUGGCAGAUUUAUGAGCUUCGAGAUUAUUAUGGGCAAAACAUUUCCUGAAAUGAAAGAUAAAUGCAAGUCAUUUUUACGCCACAGAGCCGCUGUCAUGUCACCUCGGCGCUUGGCAGACCACAGUAUCCCGGUCAAUAAGUGCGUUCAACACGAAGGCGAGUUCUUGAUCACCUUUCCGUAUUCCUAUCAUUAUGGCUACAACCUCGACUUCAAUUGCUCCGAGAGUGUUAAUUUUGCAAUCAACCCAUGGAUCAAUGUCGGCUGUCUACCAAUGCUCUGCGGGUGUACCAAGGAAAAAUAUAGAGUGCACUAUGACACUAUCAAGAGUUUCGCCAUUCGUUAUCCGGUCCCACCAGAGAUGCGUAGUAUGUGUAAGCCCGGAACCGAUGAACUGGAUCCUGAUUCACGCGAUUACAGACGUUAUGCGAGAUACUCUCUGCAUGCCGGCAUAGCGUCUCAUCUUUGCAGUGCUAGUUAUCAAUAUUGCGUCUGUCCGGAGCACAUGCGUUUUGCAUUAGAAGGAUUAAGGACUUUAACUAGGUCUCGUCCCGACAAUCCCUUGAUCGUUCCCCGCAACUCUGGAUCCAAUUCUCCCCAUUGCUCACACUGUAGCUCACACUGUAGCUCUCGCCGUAGCUCUCACCGUAGCUCACGCCGUAGCUCACGCCGUAGCUCACACGGUAUAUGUAAUCGCUGCCCUCGUCCCAGCUCUGGCCAAACCUCUGGCCAAACCUCUCAUCCGGCACUUCAACGUCCCUUUGAUCAACCUCUUCCCCGCGUUUAUGAUCAAAGUUCCCUUCGAGCCUAUCCUAUGAUCUUUUAUCAAAGUUCAGACCAAGUGUUCUCCCAAAUUCCUCGUCAACCCUAUCGCCAAUAUAUUCCUCAAACGUAUGCUCAAGCCCUAGAGCAAAUCGAUGGCCAAGCCUAUAAUCAACCUUUCCACCAAGUCCCUAAUGGAAUACCUCGGGGAGUCUACAAUGAAAGAUAUCGACAAUUCGCACCCCCAAGUCCUGGUCGAAGAUCUGUUUAA